AUGGCACACACAGCCCUGGUCCUGGGCGGGAAUCCCAUGGUCCCAGCCGGAUCCAUGCAGUUGGCAAUGACCCCUGUGCUGUCAGUCUUCUUGAGAGAGCUCCCUGGUGCCUUCCUGAUCUUCGGGGUCUUCCUGCCUGUGACUUUGCUGCUGCUCCUCUUGAUUGCCUACUUCAGGAUCAAACUGAUAGAGGAUAAUGAAGAACUAUCUCAGAUUCCUGAUCGGCAAUUCAGACGCAAGGAUGGCUCCUCCCUGUACCUGAGAAAGAAAUGA